UUACAACGUCGAUGUUGGAGUUACACUGAUAAUUCAGAUUUAUCAACACAUUCAGUGAUAAGACGCGAAGUACCGAACAACAGUGACGAUAAACCAUUCCGCUAAUGUAUUAGCAAACAAAAUUGUUAGUAAGAAAAUAAACAAUAUUGUUAUGGAGACAAAUACAGAAAGAAAUGUUGAAGGAAUCGACAACCCUACUGCUACUCAAGAUGACGGUAACAAAUUAAGGCCCGAUCUCGUUAUAAGCGUACAGCCACAGUCACAAGCACAAGAGAGCGGUCGAGCUGAAUUACCCGUGUCCACGGUGAACUGGCAUUCCCGUAGCGGUGGCCAAUUCAUUCCUAUGCACGGUCUUGACUUCCUAAUCGGCACAUCCAGUCUUGUUAUACAACAAACUGUGGAGCUUAAUGAUCUUACAUCAAAAAUCGAUUCUGAAAAUCGAUAUAUUAUUCGAGUGCCAAACGGCGAGGCGCUAUACUUCGCUAGUGAGGUGUCGACAUCGACACAGCGAUGUCUUUGCGGCACAGGGCGGGCGUUCGUCAUGCAUCUCCAUGACAACACACGCCAGGAGGCUAUGGUGCUCAGGCGGCGGCUAGCUGGGGCUUCCUGCUUCUUCCCUUGUAGGCUACAAGAGAUGAAAGUAGUAACACCUCCGGGCAACUACGUGGGUCGUGUGCACCAGCAGUGGUCCUGGAUGGUGCCAUUCUACUUGGUGCGCGACGCUGAUGACUGCGUACUUUUCGUAAUUGAAGGUCCUGCAUCCUUGAAGAGGAGCGCGCUUAUGUUGUCGGAAUUUAAGAUAAUGUCAGGAGAUUCGUUGCGUGAAACGGGAAAGAUAACCCACGGUUGGGAUCGUGAGUUGGUGAACUUCACAACUACCCUUGUGUUUCCAGAGACUGCGGUGCAACCCAAACACAAGGCACUUUUACUUGCUGCAGCUUUCUUGAUGGAAUACACUUAUUUUGAAAGGGCUAAGUCAAGUUGCAUGCGAUUCAACUGCUUUUAAAAGGUCGUUAAGGACAAACGUUAAAAAUAUUUGUACUUUUAUAUUAUUUAGCAUUUAUUAUUAAACCAAAUAAUGUUUUUUA